GGACACUUUUACGACAGUCAUCCGCCGUUUCCGGCACAACUUAAUGAACACCCCACAGAUGAAAACAUGAGAGGUCAAAAGUUAUGAUCCUUAUCUGUAACAGCAACGGAACAUAACCAGCAACAUGGCCAGUUCCAUGGUGGCGGUGGGACUGGCACUGGCAGCAGCCGGAUUUGCAGGCCGUUACGCCAUACAGGCCAUGAGACAGAUGGAACCCCAGGUGAAACAGGCCCUUCAGAGCUUCCCCAAGACGGCAUUUGGUGGCGGGUACUACAAAGGAGGAUUUGAGCCAAAGAUGACCAAGAGAGAAGCUGCCCUGGUUUUAGGUGUCAGUCCCACAGCCAAUAAUAAGAAGAUUAGAGAAGCUCAUAGAAAACUGAUGAUCCUCAAUCAUCCAGACAGAGGUGGAUCUCCCUACCUGGCAGCAAAAAUAAAUGAAGCUAAGGAUCUCAUGGACGGCCAGACAAAGAAGUAGAAGAUGCUAAAAUUGAAAAUAUGUGAUUACUUACUGCUGACAUUGCAAUUAAUCAAGCCGUUGCACAGACUGAUUGAGGGAGUUAUGACUUUUGUAAUCAAUUAUUCUGAAAUAAAACACUCUGUAUUAAUUGUUCA